AUGCAUUUGAUGAAUUGCAAAUACGUUUACGGCAUUUACACGGUAUUUCCGUGUGCCGAACCUAUGCGCCAAACGGAUGCGCCAAAUGCCAACGCUCAAGAAAUUAGUGAAUCACAAAUCAGAAGAAAUAUAUUUGUUGGCAAAAAUAAUCAAAAAUGGAGUAUUUUUGUGGCAGUUGCAAUAAUACGUCCACCAAUUAUCGCACCACAAAUGAGCGAUUCUGAAAAGAAUUAUUCAUUUUUUACGAAAAAUCUGGAAAUUGAAACUUCACUGUUAUGUGACUUUGAAUUAAAAGAAAUCGAUGAUAAGAAGUUCUUGGAAAAGAAGAAAGAACAGAGUGAACUUGAAAAACUUGCUGAUAAACUGGGUGAACAACGAAUUACUACCGAUAUGCUACAAGAAAGGUGGAAGAAAAGGGAAGAAUAUUUAAGAAAAACUUUUCGUCUUGGAGAUUUGAGUGAGAUUGAACAAAAUGCUGAAACUUCUUUGUUUCGCAAACUUGAUCAGCAGUUGGUGCUCAUUGUUCGACAAAGGUUUGGAAAACCUGGCUAUUCGUCACCGUGGAUAAUUCCUCAGACAAAGUUUCAUAAUGGAGAAAGCUUAAGACAGACCGCUGAACGUUGCAUUAAUGAAACGCUAGAAGGUGAUUUCGCAGGAUCGAUCUUCUCUAAUGCGCCUUUUUCUGUUCAUAGUCACAGGUAUCCAAAAGGCUUGAAAAAUAAUGAUGAUAGUGAUACCAGUGGUGCAAAGAUUUUCUUUUAUAAUGCGCAGAUUGCCCCACAAAAUAAUUUCCAUGUAAAUAGUAAUGAAAUUGUCGAAUACAAAUGGGUGAAUAUGGACGAAUUUCAAAAAUAUGUUAUAACAAAUAGAUAUAAAAAUGCUUUAUCAACACUAUUUAUAAAUUGGUAG